CUAAGCUCGCUCUCACUCACACAACUCUGUUUAAAAAACCUAUCUCACGCUCUCGCCGCCUUCCUCUGACACUCUUCGCGUAGCUUCACUCAGUUUCGUCGAUGGCUUUACCUAACCAGCAAACAGUUGAUUACCCUAGCUUCAAGCUCGUUAUCGUUGGUGAUGGAGGCACAGGGAAAACCACAUUUGUAAAGAGACAUCUUACUGGAGAGUUUGAGAAGAAGUAUGAACCCACUAUUGGUGUUGAGGUUCAUCCUCUAGAUUUCUUUACUAACUGUGGCAAGAUCCGUUUUUACUGUUGGGAUACUGCCGGACAGGAGAAAUUUGGUGGUCUUAGGGAUGGGUACUACAUCCAUGGACAGUGUGCUAUUAUCAUGUUUGAUGUCACAGCGCGCCUGACAUACAAGAAUGUUCCAACAUGGCACCGUGAUCUUUGCAGGGUCUGUGAGAACAUCCCAAUUGUCCUCUGUGGGAAUAAAGUUGAUGUGAAGAACAGGCAAGUGAAGGCCAAGCAGGUAACAUUCCACAGGAAGAAGAAUCUCCAGUAUUACGAAAUAUCUGCCAAGAGCAACUACAACUUCGAGAAACCAUUCUUGUACCUUGCUAGAAAGCUCGCCGGGGACGCUAAUCUUCACUUUGUGGAGUCACCUGCCCUUGCUCCCCCAGAAGUUCAAAUCGACAUGGCAGCUCAGCAGCAGCAUGAGGCGGAGCUUGCAGCGGCAGCAAGUCAGCCACUUCCUGAUGACGAUGAUGACACGUUUGAGUAGAGACAGAGAGAGAGAGGUGAUUGUCACUGAUUACCCGAGUUAGGGCUUGUCCGAAACUUUUCUUUGCAUGGAACUAAAUUUAUGUGCUGUUACUCUUCCCAGUUAUGACACCAGUAAAUUUUCUUUCUAAAGUUUUUAACUGUCGAUGUGAAAGUGAAACCUAACCAAUUAUAUAAUUUACAUGCUCCACGAUUUCAUUUU